AUGAAAAUCUGUAUAGCUAAUUAUAUUGAUGAACCUCAUGAACGUCGAAAACGAAAGGUUUCAUUACGUUUAGGAGGUGAUAAUAUUAAUCCAGUUAAUGGAACAGUUCAAGAUGAAUAUCGUAUUAAUUCAUUUUAUGCAGUUUUAGAUAUUAUAGUUGCAUCUAUUAAAGAAAGAUCCGAUGAAAAUUAUUUACAUAUUAUAGUUUUAUGUGAAAAAUUAUUCCUGAAUAAAGAUGAUUUAAGAGCAAAACAACGAUUAUAUAAAAUAGCACUUGAUGAAAAACAACAAUGGAAUUUAACAACAGCAACAAAAUUUUUCCUGCAACACAAUAUUCAUCUAUCACUUUCAACAAUGAAUCAAUUGUUGAAAAUUUUAUGGACCAUACCUACUAAUGUGUGUGGUUGCAAAAGAAGCUUUUCAUCAUUAAGAAGAAUCAAAACGCAUAUUAGAAAUACAACUGGACAAGAACGAUUAACAUCUUUAGCAUUAAUAAAUGCAGAAAAAGAGUAUCAAAUUGAUACCGAUGCUAUUGUAACCGAUUUUAUAUCAAAAAAAGACGAAAGAAAAAAAACUAUUUUGAAAAUAAAUAAAAGAAUUGUAUAUAAUUCUUGAAAAAGACUGUUAAAAUAUUCAGAAAGCUUUUAUGUGAGUAUCAAGUCUCUCACCCAAUGGUCAAUGAACGAAAGACAAUGAGAAAAAUAAACAUGAGUCUACUAACUCGUUUUGACUAAAGGACGGGGGCGCAUAAGACCGUAAUUUGGCCCAUUGGACUUUUCAUACUAUAUCCAGCACAAUCAUAUAUAGGAUGAAAGAGCUUCAACUGGCGAGUACUUUCCAAUACAUUUGACGA